AUGAACCCAAUUCAGCCACCACGAUACGCAAACGAUGUUCAAAGUACGCUUGAUAUUUUAUCCUUUGAUAAUAAUGCGCAAAUCGAUGAUGGAGUUUUGUCUUAUGAAACUCAAUUAUUGUAUCAACAAGAUGGCAUUAACAUUAACAAUCAAACCAUAGUUCCACUUUAUUCUUUACGACUUCUCGCUUCUUCAUAUAACGAUCAUCAAGCUCGCGAAAAUAUGAUAAGCCCUUACGCAAAUACGUUUACUUUUACUCAACAAAAUAAUUCAAGUAGUUUUCCUCGUGUUGUGGAUUUAGUUCAAGAAUCAUAUACCAUUACGGAACCCUCUAAUGAACCAAAAUCUCGAAUUAAGUGGACUGAAAAAGGAGUUAAAUCAUUAUUUGCUUAUUUAAAUAAACACAAACAA